AUGUGGUCCACUUCAAUGUCCUUCCACUUGGCUAUUACUGUCGUCAUAUCGGUGAUCACAAUCUUUUCAAGUUCUGCUGUAUAUGCAAUAGGUGAAGGACCAAACGGAUUUGGAUGUUGCAUGACGCCAUGUGCGCCUCAAAUAGGACCCUGUGAUUGCCAUUGUGGACUCCCAAUGGCACCGCAAUUUCCGCCUAUGCCACCGCAUUUACCAUCCAUAUUACCUACAGCACCCGCGUUUCCACAAUUUCCAGCAUAUCCUAGUGGUGGUGGUAACGGUGGUGGUUAUGCAAUACCUGUACGACAACAGGUUUUUGAAAAUGGUUACAUGCAACAACCAUCCUCAUACAAAACAUCACCAGGCAUUUCAUACCAACAACACCUAACAUAUCAAAAUGGAGGAUCAUAUGGUUACAAUAUGAAGCAAUUUGAACCAACUGGUGGUGCCUUUGGCGGUUAUGCAACCAAUCCAUAUGGUGCUGAAAAUGGUAAUUUCGGUGAUUCUACUUAUAGCUAUCCACAGAAUAUGCAAAAUGAGAAUAGAUUUGGAGAUGUAUCACAACAAGCUUCUGGUUCGGGACAACAUACGUCUUCUGGAACCGAAUAUAAUUCAUCACCAGCAACAACUGAUACCAAGUCAUUUUUGAAAUUGCACAGAAGUCAGUUGGCAUAG